AGCACACUUGCAACCAAAGCUGCAUAUUCCUCUUCUGGGGCCUCCUUCCAGCCUUACAUUUCAGUUCACUAUCUGUAGCCAUCUGGGACAUGGCUCUGUUUUUCUUCUUGAUCUUUGCCUUUUGCACCGGACCUGGACUUAUAGAGUCUUCUCCCAAAGUACGACUGGUGAGCGGUCCCCAUCGCUGUGAAGGGCGGGUGGAAGUGGAGCGGAAUGGCGAGUGGGGCACUGUGUGUGACGACGGCUGGAGCAUGAAAGACGUGGAAGUGGUGUGCCGGGAGCUGGGCUGCGGAGCAGCCAAGGGGGUGCCCACUGGUAAUUUAUAUAAGCCAUUGGCUGAUGAAAAACAAAAAAUCUUCAUCCAAGAAGUCAACUGCAGUGGGACGGAAGAUAAAUUGAUUAACUGUGACCAGCUGGAAGACGUUUAUGAUUGCUCCCACAGCGAGGAUGCAGGGGCAAUAUGUGAGCAGUCUUCUCCCAAAGUACGACUGGUGAGCGGUCCCCAUCGCUGUGAAGGGCGGGUGGAAGUGGAGCGGAAUGGCGAGUGGGGCACUGUGUGUGACGACGGCUGGAGCAUGAAAGACGUGGAAGUGGUGUGCCGGGAGCUGGGCUGUGGAGCAGCCAAGGGGGUGCCCACUGGUAAUUUAUAUAAGCCAUUGGCUGAUGAAAAACAAAAAAUCUUCAUCCAAGAAGUCAACUGCAGUGGGACGGAAGAUAAAUUGACUAACUGUGACCAGCUGGAAGACGUUUAUGAUUGCUCCCACAGCGAGGAUGCAGGGGCAAUAUGUGAGCAGACUGUGAAGCUGGUUGGUGGCCCUGGGCGCUGCAAGGGGCGCUUGGAGGUGAAGCACCAAGAGCAAUGGGGCACUGUGUGCAAAGCAGGCUGGAAUCUCUCUGCUGCGAAGGUGGUGUGCCGGCAACUGGGGUGUGGGAAGGCCACACUGAUCAACAGAUGCUGUAACAAGGAUACCCAGGGCCAAGGACUCAUCUGGCUGAGCAGUGUGUCAUGCUCAGGACAGGAAGAAAACCUUCACUAUUGCCUUUCUGGGCUUGAGAGGAAUAAUAACUGCACCCAUGAUGAGGAUACAUGGGUCGAAUGUGAAGAUCCCUUUAAACUAAGACUGGUAAACGGAGACACCAGCUGCUCUGGGUGACUGGAGGUGCUGCACAAGGGCAUAUGGGGCUCUGUCUGUGAUGAUGGCUGGGGGCCAAAGGAGGAGCAGGUGCUGUGUGGUCAACCGGGCUGUAGAAGGCCAAUCUUUGUACCUGCCAAAGUGCGGAGAAAGUUUGUCCCUGGAGAUGGGUGCAUCUGGCUAGAUGCUAUCCAUUGCAAAGAGCAAAAGCAGUCACUGGAGCAGUGUCAGCAUAGGUCCUGGGGGUAUCAUGACUGCAACCACAAGGAAGAUGUCAUCAUAUUCUGCUCUGAUUCUAGCAACUCCCAAACUGCUCAGCAUGCACAUGCUCACUACACGUUCUGA